AUGUCUUCAUAUCCAGAUACGAGCCAUAAAGAGUCUGGAGGUCCACACAGGUCCCAGCUGGUUCCGCAGGUCCCAGCUGGUUCCGCAGGUCCCAGCUGGUUCCUCAGGUCCCAGCUGGUUCCUCAGGUCCCAGCUGGUUCCUCAGGUCCCAACUGGUUCCGCAGGUCCCAGCUGGUUCCUCAGGUCCCAACUGGUUCCGCAGGUCCCAGCUGGUUCCUCAGGUCCCAACUGGUUCCGCAGGUCCCAGCUGGUUCCUCAGGUCCCAACUGUUUCCUCAGGUCGCAGCUGGUUCCGCAGGUCCAUGUGUGGAACACCUCUGCUCUUCUGUUCCUUCUUGGAGGCCUCCGCUCUGAGCGCGUCUGCCGCGCGUCAUGUAGCUGUUUUGUCGCGCGGUGGUUUUGCCGUGCGGUCUUUUGCCGCGCGGUGGGUUUUCCGUGCGCGCGGCGGGCUCUUUGCCGCGCGGUAGGCUCGCGCUGGGUUUGCCGCGCGGUGGGCUCGCGGUACAAGAUGCUGCGCUUGUUCGUCGCGGUGCUGGUUGUGGGUUUGUCACUCGCGUUCUUCGCGUCGCGACUGUUGGAGCGCUACGACACCGCGUGGCCCAAACGACGAGAGACGCGACACAAGCGAAAAGACGUGACACCACCGUUUCCCGGAGGAACUCUGGACAAUGUCUUCUGGUUCAUUCAGAUCUCGGACAUCCACAUCAGCCGCUUCCACGACCCCAAGAGGAUCCCCGACUUCCAGAAGUUUUGCUCUGAGACUGUGAACGUAAUCAGCCCUGCUCUGGUGCUGGCAACAGGGGACCUGACGGACGCUAAGACCCAGAGUAAAGUGGGUUCUCUGCAGCACGAGGUGGAGUGGCAGAACUACCACCAGGUCCUCAAGAGCUCCGGGGUCCUGCAGAAGACCAAGUGGAUCGACAUCCGAGGAAACCAUGAGGUUCUGCACAUGACCCACGGAGCAACCGUCACCGUUCAACGUUUAAACAAUUGUUACUUUCUUAUUAACAUUAAGAAAAUAACCUCGACCCCCACUGCACCUCCUCGACCCCCACUGCACCUCCUCGACCCCCACUGCACCUCCUCGACCCCACUGCUCCUCCUCAACCCCCACUGCACCUGCUCGACCCCCACUGCUCCUCCUCGACCCCCACUGCACCUCCUCGACCCCCACUGCUCCUCCUCGACCCCCACUGCACCUCCUCGACCCCCACUGCACCUCCUCGACCCCACUGCUCCUCCUCAACCCCCACUGCACCUCCUCGACCCCCACUGCACCUCCUCGACCCCCACUGCACCUCCUCGACCCCCACUGCUCCUCCUCGACCCCCACUGCACCUCCUCGACCCCCACUGCACCUCCUCGACCCCACUGCUCCUCCUCAACCCCCACUGCACCUCCUCGACCCCCACUGCACCUCCUCGACCCCCACUGCACCUCCUCGACCCCCACUGCUCCUCCUCGACCCCCACUGCACCUCCUCGACCCCCACUGCACCUCCUCGACCCCACUGCUCCUCCUCAACCCCCACUGCACCUCCUCGACCCCCCCUGCACCUCCUCGACCCCCACUGCACCUCCUCGACCCCCACUGCACCUCCUCGACCCCCACUGCACCUCCUCGACCCCACUGCACCUCCUCGACCCCACUGCACCUCCUCGACCCCCACUGCACCUCCUCGACCCCACUGCACCUCCUCGACCCCCACUGCACCUCCUCGACCCCCACUGCACCUCCUCCCUGA